UAUAUAGGUGAACAGCUAUUUUAUUAUUUAAACAUUUUGUUUGGUUCAACCAUGUUCAGGGUAGAGGCUUUCCGUGACGCAGCAUCUGCUAUGGAACAAGAGAAAGAAAUCCUGCUAGAAAUGAUCCACAAUAUACAGAACAGCCAGGACAUGAGGCAGAUCAGCGAAGGUGAGAGAGAAGAACUUAAUUUAACUGCUAAUCGUCUGAUGGGCCGAACCCUCACUGUGGAGGUUUCUGUAGAAACCAUCCGAAACGCCCAGCAGCAGGAAUCCCUACUGCAUGCCACGAAGAUGAUCGAUGAAAUUGUCAAUAAACUUCUAGAUGACUUGGAAGACGCCAAAAUCCGCUUAAUGUCGCUUUACGGUGCGUGCACAUCUGACGUGCCAGCAGGACCCAUCGAUCAGAAAUUUCAGUCUGUGGUAAUCGGAUGUGCCAUUGAGGAUCAGAAGAAAAUCAAAAGGCGGCUAGAGACUCUGCUCAGAAACAUAGAAAAUUCUGAAAAGUCAAUCACAUUGCUGGAGCACCAGAAAUCAUCUGUUCGACAGUCUUGCAACAGCAAACAGGAUUAAACUACCCUCCUGGCUACUUCUGGCAAAUCGCAGGAUGAGCAGACCGCCAUAAAAAGCACACAGAAGCUAAGAAAAAAAUUCUCUGUCCAAGCACGCGCGUAUAUACGCAUGCACGCGCACCAAAGUAUCUUUGAUUGCGAGAUGCGAGCAUUUAGUGGGUUUUGGUAGCAUUGGCAUUUUCUUUUGGCAAUAAGAAUGCUAUCAGGAGUUCUCCUGUAGAGUCGAUACCGCUCUAUUGCAAAGUGUAAUAGUGCUUCUGCUGAACUGUCAGAAACUGUCAAAAUCUAGCCUUUCCUCCAUUCUCCUGGGGUUUUUUUUAAACUAAAGUUGUUUUGUCAUAUAGUGAGAUUUCAGCUUUUCUCUGCUGUAUACAUACUGUGCAAACUAGACUUUUGGGGAAAAAAGGCAAAUCGUGGCAAUAAAUCAAAAACAUUAAUAAACUGUAUAUUGUAUUUUCAUAAACGACACACUGUCCUACUCAUUACCAUUUGUAAUUUUAAUAAUUUGGCACUGUUCAUACUUAGAUCACUGUACUUUCAAGAGACAGACAGAUACCUCGUUUGUAACUGAUAAUGUACAUUUGACUUAUUUUGACCUAAGUUACUGGUUUAUUUGUAAAAUUCCUGCUUCUGUUUGCCUUCUUCCACUUUCCUAAAUCCUGUGUCACCGGACCCACAGGAUGUCCGCGAUACAGCCAUCACUACCCUCUCCUAUGCUUUAAGACUGCACGCUGACAUGCCACAUCCAUCAACGAUCCCACAGAUCUGAACAAUCUAACUUUAAAACUAGCGAUACUGUCCUUAAAACUUUCUUUCACGCUACCCGUAAGACACAGGAAAAUACACCUUUUUUUUUUUUUUUUUUUUUAAAACUGUAGUUCCAUACUGGCUAUCAACCAUGUAGCGCUGUUAAAAGUAACUCAAAAUAGCUAAACGUAGCUGGCAUCAUACACGUAACAGAUCAACAAAAGAACAGAUUAAAGUUUUUCAUUUUUUUUAAGUGCUAUCUGUUGUCAAAAAUCAAAUCAACAGUAGACAAGGCUCAGCAGGGAUAAGACAGCUGGGACAAAGAAGGUGUAAGAAAAAACAAUGAACUUUUGGUCCCGUUAUCUCCUGAGCAAUGAAAUAAGGCUCUGCUCCACUUUUCAGCAUAAGCCAGUCUUGGAAACGGGACAUUUGCGAGCAUGAGACAUUUUUCUCAGAGAUGCCAGAAGCACCCGGGUGUUUGCCAUGGUUAUGGCAGGGGCCAGCAGCAGAAGUCACAUGAAACGGCCACCCAGCUUCCUGAAGCUGAACAAGAUGCAGCUGCACAGUACAUAAAACCCCCACCUAGCCAGUGUCAAAGCGAGCUUCACUUAAUUGUAGUUAAGCACUUCCCUGACCUAAAAAUACAUGACUA